AUGGAGCGUCUCAGCUUCCCGCUGCUCGUGAAGACGUCGUCGACGGCACUCGUCGUCGGCUGCAACUCCGUGCUGCAGGGCGUCGCCGGCAAGUGGAAACUGCUCGAAGCGCCCUCUAUCCGCAGCACGGCGCUCAACCGACAGUUCGACUGCAGCUACGAGCUCGUCGCUGGCGGCGGCAAACAUGGCGACCUUGUGCAGCUGCGCAUCCAGCGUCUGCAAUUCAGCGCGCGCAACAGCUCUACCCUGUGCGAGCACGGCUACCUGCGCAUCGUCGACGGCAGCCGCGAGCCGGCGCGCACGGGCCACGGCAACGCCGACAGCGCAGGGUAUUACUGCGAGGACCGCAUCAAGAUGGCCGCCGGUGGGGGCGUCGGCGACGGCGCCGCGGCGGGGCGCGCCGAUCGCUACGUCUACUCGGAGACGUCGUCGCUGCGCGUCGCCCUGCGCGUCUUCAACCUGACGCUCGAGCGAGCCGUAAACCUCCGCUUCGCGCUCUUCUACCGCUUCCUGCCGCGCGCCGCCGCCGUGGGGCGCCACGGUACGGCGCGUCGGCCCGUCAACGCCGACGUCGUCACCGUACCGGGCACCUACUGCACGCGUACCUUUCCCGACUGUUCGAGCGCCGACUGCCGCCUGCAGAGUCCCGGAUGGCCGGGCAUCUACCCGCGUAAUGUCACCUGCGGGUACCGCCUGUCGGCAGGGGGAGGCGGAGCGGGGGAGGGCGGAGCAGGGGGGAGGAUCGUCAUUUCGCAGCCGGAGGGGGACAAGAUUGACGUCGCCGCGGCGCGCACGGACAAGGGUCAACUGGUCAGCGACGGACUCGAGUACGCGUGCGGCUACGACGGCGACUACGUGAAGAUCUACGACGGCGCGACGACGCGCGACCCGCUCAUCGUCAGCUUCUGCGGCUCCGGUCCGCUGCCGACGGUCGCCGCCAGCGCCCCCUACGUGCUCGUCGAGUUCCACAGCAGCGAGAUGGCCGACGUCGGCGGCAGCGGCUUCGAACUGCUCGCCGACGUGCGUCGUCCGUUGGAAAUCGUCGGCGCCGCAGCGUUGGCCGACGGAUCCUGCGACGUGGAACUGCGAAGCGGACGCGGCCGCAGAGGAGGAGGAGGAGGAGAAGGGAGGGGAGGAGGAGGAAGCAGGUCGGGCGUGGUGACGAGUCUGGAGCACUGGUAUCGGCCGGGUACGGUGUGCAGGGUGACGUUCCACGGGGCGCCGCACGAGAGGGUGUGGCUGACGUUCAUCGACUGGAGUGUCAACAUGCAGCGCAGGUGUGCUGACAAUCACCUGGAGUUGUUUGACGGCCCGCGGGAGACGCGCUCUGCUCGUAUCGGUCGCUUCUGUCACUCGCACGUACCGCGUCUGUGCAUCCACGCAGACGCCCACGGCUACGACUACCGUCCCUGCCGCGUCGGCUCGGAAUCCUACCUCUCCGUCGGCUCGUCGGUCGUCGCUCGCUUCACCAGCCGACGGGGAUCCCUCUACGGCCGCGACGACUUCCGCUACAUGCUUCGCUACGAGUUUGUCGACGCGCGGCAGGACGGACAGAGGGCGCUACCGGGCGCCGCCGACAACGACGACGUCGGCAGCUGCCAGCGCGUGAUUCGCAGCGGCGGGCUGUCGCGAGGGAGUUUCGCGCCGCCGCGCAACAUCUUGUUGUACGGACCCGGUGGCCGGUCGCAGCUCGACUGCAGUUACACGUUCAUCGGACGCGCUAACGAGAGCGUCGUCGUCACGCUGCAGACGCUGCGGCUAGGUGUCGCCACCGGCUGCCGGACGACGUUCAACAGCACGCUACUGCGAUACGAGUGCGACCGCAACGUCGUCGCCACCGAUGAUCCCGACGCCGCCGAGGUCGCCGCGCCGACGGGGGUCGUCAACGAGCUGGUGAUCGCCGACGGGCGCGACGCGAUCCCGCGCGAGUGUUUCUGCGAGGAUCUGGAACGAAUCAUGCCCUUCACCAGCUUCUCGGUGACCUCUACAGUGCAGGUAAACUUCACGAUCGGCGCCAUGUUGCCGUGGCAGUACUACGAUGACUUUCUCUUCCGCGCGCAGUACGUGUUCGCGCCGAGCCGUGGCUGCGGCGAGCACCGCUUCGUCGGCCAGCUCGGCGACUUCAACUCGUCGGCGUACACCGACGGGUUGCGCGCCGACGUCACGUGCCGCUGGACGAUCGAGGUCGCGCGAGAGCAUUACGUUUAUCUGAACUUCACGCGAUUGUCGUUCGCGUACCCGUGCGCAGACGAGCGUAUCCUCAUCUUCGCGCCUGGCGACCCGCGUCCGGGAAAGAUCGUCUGUCGUGAACGCACGCGCGCCGUCAACGACGCCUUCUCGAAGCACUGGCGCAGCGACGACCACUACGUCGUCGCCGACGCCGCCAACCGGCUCGUCGUCGAAUACGUGUCGCUCGCCGAGGGCGGCUCGUUCGCCGCCAGGUGGCUGCAGAUCGCCAAGCCGUCGCCGGCGUCGCGCUACUGGGACGACGGCACGCAGGACGACGCGUGCGGCUUCGUGUGUCCCGGCGUGCACGCGUGCAUCGAUAGCGCGCUGUUGUGCGACGGCGUCGCCGACUGCCCCGGCGCAUACUACGGCCGACCGUCGCCCGACGAGGCCGACGCGAUGUGCGGUCGCGUGGCGCCGCCACCGUUCCCGUGGCUCUACGUGGCGCUGUCGGCGGGCUUCGGCGGUCUCGUGCUCCUCAUCAGCGUCGUCUGGUGCGUCGACUGCGCCGUGAAGAGGGCGCGAGCGACGCGCACGCGACGGAAAGCGCCGCUGCCGCCGCCGCCGACGACGACGACGGAGGCGGCCCAGCCGACGACGUUGGAGCUGUUCAACGAGUACAGCGACGGCGAGUUUAAGACGACAUACGCGAAGACGUGGAAUUAA